UCAGAGCGCGGCUGAGGCGGGCGCGGGCGGCGGCGGCGGCCUCCCGUCCGUCUGUCCUGGGAGCUUCGCCUGCGCACCGACCGCGGGGAGACAGCGCGCGCUCCCGCCCGCCGCGGGGGCGGGGACGCCAGGCUCGCGGCCCCUCCAGCCCCCAAGAUGAGGAAGCUGAGGCUCAGAGGAUAGUGAUACACCCACCUGCACAGAACUUGGUCAUUGCGGUGCACUAACCAGGUGGUCGGCCCCCGGGGGCCCAUGCCGUGAGGUGAGGACGCCCAGCCAGCAUGCCGUGGGACGCGCGACUGCCGGGGGGCGGCGCGGAAGGCGGGCCCGAGGGCGCGGGGGCGGCGCGCUCUAGGGCACAGAAGCAGUGCCGCAAGUCGUCGUUCGCCUUCUACCAGGCCGUGCGCGACCUGCUGCCCGUCUGGCUGCUGGAGGACAUGCGCGCCAGCGAGGCCUUCCACUGGGACGAGCGCGGCCGCGCCGCCGCCUACUCGCCGUCCGAGGCGCUGCUCUACGCGCUCGUGCACGACCACCAGGGGUACGCGCACUACCUGCUGGCCACCUUCCCGCGGCGCGCGCUCGCGCCUCCUAGCGCCGGCUUCCGCUGCUGCGCGGCGCCGGGGCCGCACGUGGCGCUGGCCGUGCGCUACAACCGCGUGGGCAUCCUGCGCCGCAUCCUGCGUACCGUGCGCGACUUCCCGGCCGAGGAGCGCGCGCGCCUGCUCGACCGGCGCGGCUGCAGCCGCGUGGAGGGUGGUGGCACGGCGCUGCACGUGGCCUGCGAGCUGGUGCGCCCUGAGUGCCUCUUCCUGCUGCUCGGCCACGGCGCCUCGCCCGGCCUGCGCGACGGCGGCGGCCUAACGCCGCUCGAGCUGCUGCUGCGCCAGCUGGGCCGCGACGCCGGGGCUGCCGCCCCUGCGGCCUCCGGGGCGCCCGCGCCGCCGCUUGGGGAGCCGCGUCAGCGCCGCCUGCUGCUGCUCGACCUGCUGGCGCUGUACACGCCCGCGGACGCCGCCGGCCCGGCCCGCCGCGAGCUGCUGGGCGACCGGCCACGCUGGCGGCGGCUGCUGGGCGAGGAGAAGUUCCAGUGGCUGGCGGGCCUCGCGCCGCCCUCGCUCUUCGCGCGCGCCAUGCAGGUGCUGGUCACCGCCAUCUCACCCAGCCGCUUCCCCGAGGCCCUGGACGAGCUGCCGCUGCCGCCCUUCCUGCAGCCGCUGGACCUCACGGGCAAGGGCUAGAGCGCGCUCCAGACCCUGGACUUUUGGAGCAUACAAUUUUUAAGAGCGUUGUACCUGGCACUUUACAUAUAUUGUUUCUGGGCGGCAGAACCUCUGUUUUCGUCUGUUGGCGUGCUUCGGGGGGCCAGGCCAGGAUGGGCAGGCGAGCCGUGAGCUGCGGCUUCCGGAUGCGGCCGCGCUCAGCUCCACACCUCCCUGCGUGCGUGGAGCGGGGCUGCGAGGUCAGGCAACUCCCGAGAGCCGGGCCCUGUCCUCAGAUCCCUGCCCAGACCCGAGGACCGGAGCCCCGCCUUGAUUUAGAGCCUCCGGAAGGUGUUCCAGAGGGAGAGACAGCUGAGCGGAGGAGUUGGGCAGGUGCUGGGGGACGGCUUGUGCAAAGGCCUGGAGGCUGAGGGAACCGCCGUGGGGGCGCUGGCUGGAGGGCCUCUACCCCGGCAGCAAGAGGAGCCUCGCCAGCUGCCCUGGGGGCUCGGGCUUGGGCUCGGGUUCUGAGAGCUGACGACGGAGGAGGGCCUGCGCGCCAGGUGGUGGGGCCAGGACCCAGGCCGUGCCUCCUGUUCCCACCCCACCCUGGCCACUGCCCCUCCUUGGGUAUUGCUGGCGCUCUUCCCACCCACACAGGCCUAGGCCUGGACUCGCCCUCUUGUCCCCUUUUCUUUCCUCUGGCAGUUGGUGUCGGGGCCCCUGCUUCUCACCUCUGUUCUGGUGGAUGCAGCUGCCUGGGGCCCCUGGCUCCAGCCUCCCCUCACCCGGGGUUAGAUGUGCCUUCUUCCAGGCCUGCCGCUUGCCCUGGGCAUGGGCUCCCAGGACCCAGCCCCCGAUGCUCGAUGGCAUCUGUGGGUGCUGGCAACACCCUGUGGGCAAGCUCUCCUGCCUCAGCCGGUAGAGCUGGUUUCUGCUGGACGGGUUUGAAGAUGGAGACUUGUCAGCAGAUGUUACCAUAACCCUUAAGGACCAAGGGAAAGCAGCGUCCAUGCCUGGAGGAGUGUUGGGAUCAGGGAUGAUGGCCAGGUUGUUGCGCCUGGGAGUUCUGCAGGGCGGUGAAAUUCAACCCAUGCCUGCUGGGCUGGAGAGCCACGGUGUGCUGCCAGGAGUCGAGGGCUCAGGAGCUGCCCGAUGACCUCUGACUGCUCAGCCAGGGGUGCCCACUCCCCACCUUGCCCCUGGUG